AAACCAUGUGUGGGUUUUUUUUUUUCUUUUUUAAGCCAAUUUCUCGUCAUGGUUGCGUUCUAGCAAACAUGUAAGCUUUCCUGCCUAUAGGAGCUACCUUUCCAAACAGCGACGGCAGCAUGCAUCACGAAAAGAAAAUAAGCAUGGAAGACACCUGGUCUGCUGCCGAGCUGAAAAGACUGCUUUCCAGGAGGAAAGAACCGGAGCAUGACAGAAAGCAUCACCGCGGUGGGGAUUCUACGGAGAGACGUCCUAGGGACUCCCGAGGGGAAAGAGACCACAGAGACCAUCACGGAGAGAGGCGGGACUAUCACGCAGAGGAGAGAAGGGGUGACCGGGACAGGAGGUCAGAGCGAGAUAGGCUAGAGGACACGAGCAGGCAUGCACACGACUCCAGAGAGGACAGAGACAAGCGGGAUAAAAGGAGGCCAAGGGAGGGACAGGAGAAAGAGGAAGACAGACUUAAGAGAAAGGAGGAUACGGAAAGACGGAGGGAGGAACGAGAUAAGGAAAGACGAAGAGAGGAACGGGAUAAAGAAAGACGGCGAGAAGAACGGGAGAGAAGGAGACACGAAGAGAGAAGGGACGACCAAGACAGACGUGAGAGGCACGAGGACAGGAAGCAUUCAAGGGAUGAAAGAGAAUACCGAAAACAAAAAGAAGAGCGAGAAAGAAGACACAAAGAGAGAGAAUAUCAUGUAAGCAUUUCAAGUAUUGCGAAUGGACAUCACCCACACUCGUUUGACGAUUUCUUGCUGUCCGUUCAGGAUGAGAGGCUGAGGCAAGAGGGAAGUGAGCAAGAGAGAAUCGAGAGAGAAAGACAGAAAGAAAGGCGACGCAGAGAGGAUGCGGAGAGACAUCACAGCAGCUCCAAGGAAUCCAAGCCGAGUCACAGCCAUGAAGCUAAGACAAAAAAAACUGAGGAGAACGUGAUGCGUUCAGAGAACGUGGCAGCUAAAGAUGCCGGAGACACGGAAGACCCAGUAGCCAAGAAUGAGCUUUCACACGAGUACGAGGAGGACUUUGAGAAAGCGGACUACGAAGAGGAUUUUGAGGAACUGGACGAGGAUGAUAAGGAUGCCGAGGAAGAGCCCAGCAAUCUGGAGCUGGGGGAGGAGGUUAAAGCCAUCCAAAAAGCCAUGGGUGAAGAAAAUGAACGAGUCCGAGCCUCUUUUAAUACUCUUAGCAAAGGAGAAGAAGAAGGGGAGGAAAAGCCUGAGUCAUCCAGAGUGAAUAGAUCCGACGAAAAGGACAGUCGAUGCUCCCAGCGAGGAAAGUUUAUCGACUUUGUGGCGGCGAAGCAGCGGGAAGUCAGCAAGAAACUGGCAUUAAAACAAAAGAAGCGCAGUGCAGAGCUACUUCGCUUAAUUGAUCUGGAUUUCUCCACUACAAUUUCCCUUCUGGAUCUUCCUCCCAUCAGUGAAUAUGACAUGUACAUUCGGAACUUCGGAGCUGCAAAUACAAAGCAGGCUUAUGUGCAGUGUAACGAGGAAAAUGCGGAUCGGGACGUCCAGACUGAGGAGGUGGAAACGAGUGACAAGUGGACACAGCAUCCCACAGAGCACGGCGGCGCCUGUGGCGAUCCAAACCGGUCACAUGAAAUUCGAAACAUGAGCGGAAUGAACUUCGAUUCAAGGCGUUUGGCCAUCUUCCUGCGUACCGCCUCCCAGGUGAUGGCAGUGCUGCUGGAGGAGGAUCACGCCGAGCGGAGUUCCUUCCAGGGCCAGACGACACAAACGGAUGGUCUGUCGUUCAGUGACGGAAGUGUGCAACUCAACACCGACUUGCCUUUUCUCCGCGGUCGCACCAUCAGCCAGGUGCUUUUCUCCCAAGCGCAGAGACACACGCUCCUGUCUGUCCACAAGCCCCCAACUUCACCCGUUGAUAUCGUGCAGCAUCACGACUGCACCACCAUCUGCGUGUGGAACAUGUGGGAGCCAUCCAGACCCCAGAAGAUCCUGCUCUGUGAAUCAGAGGUGCAGUGCUGCUGUUUCAGCCCGGGAAAGGCCACCCUGGUGUUUGCCGGCACGUCUGUCGGCUCCGUGGCGCUGUGGGACCUCCACGAGCCCGCUGGAAACCACCAACGCUUGAAGUUGGGCGACGGCGAAUGGACCUUCAGACGGCCUACAUUCUCUACCGAUGCAGUGCCCUCUGCCCAUUUCUCGGCAGUGACGUCCGUGGAGGUAGUUCCAACCAAUACGACUGGGAUGCCGGGGUCAGAGGUGGCAUUUUUAGCAUCUGAGGAAGAGUUGUUGGGGUUGUCCUUCCAGUUGGCCUCGCAGGACGACAGCGGCCUUUUGAAUCUUUGGGUGGUAGUGCAACUGCCAAAAGCCAAUGAGGCGGGCUCCCAGACAGAUCUCGGUCUGAGGCCAGGUGGCAAAGUGAAGCUGCUCCACAGUUCUGCCUGCGUGACAGCUGAGGGGGUGUCACUGUCGCAUGUGGACAAAACCGGACCGCCGCAGUCACUUCAUUUAAAAUUUCUCCCCACUGACCCCAGUCAUUUCUUCGUCGGCACUAAUUUGGGUCUAGUCAGUCACGGCACCACUCAGGGAUUGAAGGCCCUGCCCAAGUGCUACACUUCGCAGGAGUUGGCCACCCGACUUGUCGAUGUCACCGCCAUCCACUUUUCUCCUUUCAGGCCUCAAUUGUUUUUGGUGGGCUGCGGUGACGGGAGCCUACGGUUACACGAGGUCAGCCAUGACAAACCGGCGUACGAGUGGAUGGACGGCACGGCCGGCGAGGCAGUGGUCUCGCUGCAGUGGAGCCAGACAAGGCCGGCGGUCUUCUGCGUGUUAGAUGCCUCCUCCCGCCUUCACGUUUGGGACCUGCUGAAGAGCGAUACGGCGCCUGUGGUCACGGAGCACCUGGAUGAAGACAGGCUGACGGCCAUGGCUGCGUUCGGAGACCCAGGACAACAAAACACCUACUCAGGAAUAGCGACAGCACACCAGUCGGGUAAAAUAGAAAUGCACUAUUUCGCAAAGGAGUUUACCAUCCAAAGUCGUGAGGAAGAAAAAACAUUUGAUGGAAAGAUUGUAGAAUCCUUUUGACAUCCCUUGAAGCACCUUUUAUGGUCAUUUAGGACUCAGGAUGACCCAUAUAGAUUGUGUACAUUUUGUCACUCGUGUAUUUUUAUAGUGUAUAUUCCCAUAUGUAAAUAUAAACUUUUACGCUUGUGGAUCAAUGA